UUACAGCAGGCAACUAAUGCUGGAAAAAGUACAGAGUCCAGGGAAAGACUUGCUUGUAACUUUCUGAAUUCUUGGAUUUUUUUUUUUUUUUUUUUUUUGCUAUUUUUUUUUAACUUUCACUAAGGGUUACUGUAGUCUGAUGUGUCCUCCUCAAGGCUACAAAAGCUAUACUUUUUCUUAUGCUCAAUGAUUUCUGCUUUAAACCAAAGGACCACCUGUAAUUUUACUAAGAAUGUCUUCUAAUUUGGAUACUGGAAAUUUACAGGAUUCUCUAAAGCACGGACUUACACCUGUUGUGUCUCAGUUUAAAAUGGUGAAUUACUCUUAUGAUGAAGAUCUUGAAGAACUCUGUCCGGUGUGUGGAGACAAAGUGUCUGGAUACCAUUAUGGGCUCCUCACCUGUGAAAGCUGCAAGGGGUUUUUUAAGCGAACAGUCCAAAAUAACAAAAGGUACACAUGUAUAGAAAACCAGAACUGCCAAAUUGAUAAAACACAGAGAAAGCGUUGUCCUUACUGUCGAUUUCAAAAAUGUCUAAGUGUUGGAAUGAAGCUAGAAGCGGUAAGGGCUGACCGAAUGCGCGGGGGAAGGAAUAAAUUUGGGCCAAUGUACAAGAGAGACAGGGCCCUAAAGCAACAGAAAAAAGCCCUCAUCCGAGCCAAUGGACUUAAGCUAGAAGCCAUGUCUCAGGUGAUCCAAGCAAUGCCCUCUGAGCUCACCAUCUCUUCUGCAAUUCAGAACAUCCAUUCUGCCUCCAAAGGCCUACCUCUGAACCACGCUGCCUUGCCUCCCACAGACUAUGACAGAAGUCCCUUUGUAACCUCCCCCAUUAGCAUGACAAUGCCACCUCAUGGCAGCCUGCAAGGUUACCAAACAUACAGUCACUUUCCUAGCCGGGCCAUCAAGUCUGAGUAUCCAGACCCCUACACCAGCUCACCGGAGUCGAUCAUGGGCUAUUCCUAUAUGGACAGUUACCAGACAAGCUCCCCGGCAAGCAUCCCACAUCUGAUACUGGAACUUCUGAAGUGUGAGCCAGAUGAGCCUCAAGUCCAGGCCAAAAUCAUGGCCUAUUUGCAGCAAGAGCAAGCUAAUCGAAGCAAGCAUGAAAAGCUGAGCACGUUUGGGCUUAUGUGCAAAAUGGCUGAUCAAACCCUCUUCUCCAUUGUUGAGUGGGCCAGGAGUAGUAUCUUCUUCAGAGAACUUAAGGUUGAUGACCAAAUGAAACUGCUUCAGAAUUGCUGGAGUGAGCUCUUAAUUCUCGACCACAUUUACCGACAAGUGGUACACGGAAAGGAAGGAUCAAUCUUCCUGGUUACUGGGCAACAAGUGGACUAUUCCAUAAUAGCAUCACAAGCCGGGGCCACCCUCAACAAUCUCAUGAGUCACGCACAGGAGUUAGUGGCAAAGCUUCGCUCUCUACAGUUCGAUCAACGAGAGUUUGUGUGUCUGAAAUUCUUGGUGCUCUUUAGUUUAGAUGUCAAAAACCUUGAGAACUUCCAGCUGGUAGAAGGUGUCCAGGAACAAGUCAAUGCCGCCCUGCUGGACUAUACAAUGUGCAACUACCCGCAGCAAACAGAGAAAUUUGGGCAGCUACUUCUUCGACUACCCGAAAUCCGGGCCAUCAGUAUGCAGGCUGAAGAAUACCUCUACUAUAAGCACCUGAAUGGGGAUGUCCCCUAUAAUAACCUCCUCAUUGAAAUGUUGCAUGCAAAAAGAGCUUAGGUUACAACCCUGAGAAGCUCUGCUUUCAAAACAAAAAGAGAUUGGUGGGGGGAAAAGAAGAACAGAAGUAAAAAAAAAAAAAAAAAAAAAAAAAAUACUCUGAACUGCUCCAAGCAACACUAAUUAAAAACUUGGUUUAAAGAUAUUGAAUUUAAAAAGGCAUAAUAAUCAAAUACUUAAUAGCAAAUAAAUGAUGUAUCAGGGUAUUUGUAUUGCAAACUGUGAAUCAAAGGCUUCACAUCCCCAAAGGAUUCCAUGUAAAAGACAUUAUAAUGGAGUGAAUUGAACUCACGGAUGGAUACCAACACCAUAUCAGAAUAAAAACGGACAGAACAAUUCUUGUAUAUUUAAACUGAUCUCCGCUGUGAAGAAAUUGAGGAACUGAUCUGUGUUGUUAAUUAGGCUUAUACAGCAGGGGAUUUGAGCUUACAGAAUUCCUCCAUGCUAAAGCUGAACUAAAACAACUCAAAAACCCAUCAGCUACACCUGUAAUAGCCCUUCCCUCUUCCUUCAAGGACCCAGCACCUUCUAUCCUGUGAUCACGGAAUCUGUCCUUACGGACUUGUGCUCAGCCACACCCACUCAUAGCUCCACCAAAUCAUGAAAAGCAUAAUUUUGAAUGUCUGUGUCUUAGACCUGCAAACAGCUAAUAAGAACAGUCUAUUAAUAUGUUAGCUUGCCAUUUUAAAUAUGUUCGGGUUUGUUUUGUCAUGUGUUCAUAAUGUUAAAAAAAAAAAAAAGAAGCAGGCAGUAUCCCUCUUCUGAUCUUAUAUAAGCAUUAAUAUUAAGGGAAAGGACUACAAACUUUUAAAGCAAAUGCUCCAUAGCUAAAGCAAGCUAGCCCUUAUUUCUGCUACUGUUACUGAACCGUGGCUUUGGCGUUGUUGGAUUUCGUAACAAUUUCUCACCAAAAGGCUUCUUAGGGUACAUCCGUCUUUUUAACCAUCAAAGUUUGUAGUUCAUUUAAAAAUAAAACCUGAAGCGUAUUUUGCUGGGAUGUCAAAUAGUCACAGUGCUAAGUAGUUUAAAAUAAAACCGAAGCAUGUUAAGCUAUGCAAAAAGAAAGAAAAGGGUUGGCUAAUAAAUGGCCUCAAGUCUCGUGCUUGUUGCAAUUGAACAUCCCCUAAACAUAGAAUGGAAACAGUAAUUUUUACAUGUGGAUGGAAAAGAUGAUAAAGUAAUUCAAAAUCUUCCCCGAAAGGGAGAGGAAGAGGGUGAUGCUGAUCUUUCAAAGUCAUAGACCAAAGUCUGCUCUAGAACAAAUAUUGAAGUACAAAGAAUUGCAAAACAAUAUCUCCCAACAACAAUAGCAGUAUUAUUAACGUGUGAUGCCACAGGUAUGGAAGUCUUGCCUUAUUUCACAAUUCCGAGAGGUAGCUGUGCAGACGUGGAUCAACAUUUGUUUAAAAUAAAGUAUUAAUACUUUAAAGUCAAAUAAAAGAUAGUGUUUACAUUCUUUAGGUCCUGUGGGGGGAGGGGAGGGAACUAUGAUAUCACAAAAUAGCUAAAGCAGUAAUUUC